AUGACCACCACCAACAAUCUGUACAGUGUCGAAGGCAUUCAAGCCAAGUUCAGAGACGGUCUUGCUUGUCUUGAUGGCGAGCUUAGUCAGUACAAGUACGCCAACGAGAUUGAACGCCGAACUGGUGUCCCCAAGAGCUACGUUGCUCUUGGUGGUGGUGCUCUUGUCUUCAUCAUGAUCUUUUUCAACUUGGCUGGUCAGCUUUUGACCAACACCAUUUCGUGGGUUUACCCAGCUUACGCGUCGUUCAAGGCCAUCGAAACCGCCUCUGUUGCCGACGACAAGCAAUGGUUGACCUAUUGGACCGUUAUCGGCUUUGUCCAGAUCGUUGAAUUCUUCUCUGAUGUCCUCUUGUACUGGUUCCCCUUCUACUAUCUCUUCAAGACUGUCUUCAUCCUCUGGCUCGCACUGCCUCAGUUCCGAGGUGCCGAAGUCUUGUACUCCCGUUUCUUGCGUCCUUACUUGCUCAAGGCCCAAGGCGAUAUUGACAAGAAGGCCGAUGACUUGCGCCAAAAGGUCAGCGACGUCGCUUCCGAGUUCUCCAAGAAGGAUUAA